AUGGGCAAGAAACGCGUACUCGUCGGCUACGGCGUCGACAUCGACGCAGUUGCCGGCUGGCUAGGCUCCUACGGCGGCGAAGACAGCGUCAGCGACAUCAGUCGGGGCCUCUGGGCUGGCCACCAUGGCACACCCCGCCUGCUGAAACUGUUCGAAAAAUACAAUAUCAAAACCACCUGGUUCAUCCCCGGCCACUCACUAGAGACCUUCCCCGAAGAAUGCGCCAUGGUCCGCGACGCAGGCCAUGAGAUCGGCCUCCACGGCUACAGCCACGAGAAUCCCGCCGCAAUGUCAAAAGAACAGCAGCGCGACAUCCUCGAUAAAACCUAUCACCUGCUCAAAGAUUUCACGGGCAAGCCGCCCCGCGGCAUCGUCGCACCGUGGUGGGAGGCCAGUGCUGAGAUGGUCGAGCUUCUGCUCGCAUAUGGAAUCGAGUACGAUCAUUCCAUGUCGCAUCAUGAUUGUCAGAUGUAUUGGUUGAGGACCGGGGAUUCGUGGACGAAAAUUAAUUAUGAGCAGAAGGCGGAGACUUGGAUGAAGCCGCUGGUUAGGGGACGGGAUACCGGAUUGGUGGAGAUUCCGGGGAGUUGGUAUAUUGAUGAUUUGCCACCGAUGAUGUUUAUCAAGAAUUCGGCCAAUAGUCAUGGAUGGGUUAACCCGAGGGAUGUGGAGGAUAUUUGGAAGGAUCAUUUCGAUUACUUCUACAGGGAGUAUGAUGAGUUUGUUUUCCCCAUGACAAUUCAUCCGGAUGUCUCUGGCCGUCCCCAUGUGUUACUUAUGCAUGAGAGGAUUAUCGAGUAUAUCAAUAGUCAUGAGGGCGUCGAGUGGGUGACCUUUGAGCAGAUGGCAGAUGAUUUUAAGAGUAGAAACUCGCCUCCUGAGGGCGCUUUAAUGCCUGCUGUCAAGCCGCAGGCUUGA